CUUGGUGGAGAGGUGGGGGGGCCUUUUCCUCACCGCAGUGGCUGUUGUCGUCCCGGCACUCACAGCUCGGCUCUUCGGAGAGGGACAGGGCAGAGCAACCUCCUCAAGAUACUCCAGACUUGCAGAUCACCUUUGGGAUGACCGCAUUCCCCUCUGGAUCGGCUUGGCUUUGAGAGGAUGACAUCUGUCACCGUUUGCAGGAUAUUCUGAAGUUUGCGACCAAACCUAGGCUUCUGGAGCAGCACUGGUUGGCUUGGAGGACGCAGCACUCACCAGGCUACAGGGAGCAUCCCAUUCCACCUCUGCCCCACCUCAGCUCAGGCUCUCCUGCCCCAAGACUGGAUUCUGUCUGGAUUCAUCCCAUCCAACACGGAAUGGACCUCCCUGUCAUCCAGUUCACCACGAGACUGGCAUUACUUAUCAAAGUGCAAGAAGGCGGAUAAGGACGCUGGGAAGGACGUAACAAAGCUUCGUGUUCUUAUUUUAUGGAAUUCUCCUAUCUACCUCACAAAAUUCUCAUCUCCUCAGUCAGCAAUCCCUCAGGAAUUGACUUCAAGAAUGAACGGUGAUGUCCUCUAGAGCCCCGUAACACCCGGCGCAGCCGCCUGUUCCCAGCCGAAUUUCAAUGUGCUGCAGCUGACUGGGACCUCGUGUUGUCUGCAAUUAGAGACUGGCAGCAAGCUGACAGUCAGAUAUGACUGUCCAGAAACUGGUAGCCACAGCUGUGUUGGUAGCUCUGGUCUCACUCGUUCUUAACAACGCGGCUGCCUUUACCCCCAACUGGGUGUACCAAACGCUGGAGGACGGGCGCAAGCGCAGUGUGGGGCUCUGGAGGAUGUGCUGGCUGGCAGAGCGGAGCAGAGGAGGUGCAAGCACCACUGCCAGGCACGGGCAAGGGGAGGAGCAGGAGUGUGAAGCCCUGGGCUGGGGUUCAGAGUCGACUGGGUUCCAAGAGUCACGCAGCACUGUCAAACUGCAGUUUGACAUGAUGCGUGCCUGCAACCUCAUUGCCACGGUGGCUCUGACUGCCGGCCAGCUCCUCUUCGUCCUGGGGCUGAUGGAGCUCCCCAUCAUCUCCCAGGAUACCCAGUGGUGGGAGGAGGCCAUAGCUGCUGUGUUCCAACUUGCCAGUUUUGUUCUGGUUAUCGGGCUGGUGACAUUCUACCGUAUCGGACCAUACACCAACCUCUCAUGGUCCUGCUACCUGAACAUUGGAGCCUGCCUUUUGGCCACACUGGCAGCUGCUAUUCUAAUCUGGAACAUCCUCCACAGGCGUGAGGACUGCAUGGCGCCCCGGGUCAUUGUCAUCAGCCGUACCCUGACCGCUCGCUUUCGCCAGGGCUUGGAAAAUGACUAUGUUGAGUCACCAUGCUGAAAGAGUACAGCUGAAAGGCGAAAGAUCUCCAAGGAGAUCUGCAUUGGAGUUAUUUUCUAUAAAUAUAUGCUAUAAUUUAAGGGUUGAAAGACUUCACAACGUUCACUUGUGUGAGCUGAGACCCUCGAUUAUUAUUCAGAUGGGCUCCAUCUAUAUACAUAUGUAUAAAACACAUAAUUUUAUAUAUAUAUAUAUAUAUAAAUAUAUAAAAUAUUAUAUUGCACUCUCCUUCUGCUGUACAGCAAAGAAUUGUUGGGUUGGCUGUGUGGCAGCAGGGUCAGCUGGAGAAGAUAUCAUGUGUGUGCAAUGAGAAUACAGGAAAGAGAGAACCAAAUACAUUUUCUCUGUCGGCAUCAAGUUCUCCUGCUUCUUAAAAAUAAAACUAAAAGCUAUAGGAGACCAAUGACAAUAGCUUGGGAGUUAACAGGCAAUCUGAGAAAGCAGAAAACUCACUAUAGAUUAAGUGAUGGGUUUAAAAGCUGUCUAAAUUUCAUGACUUCUAGUCCUUCUAUUCACCUCUCUACGAGGAACGGAUUCUCAUCAGCUGCAAUACCUGCUCCCAGCCCCAGAACAGACCAGAGAGUAAAAAGCAAAGGCAACUCUAACUAUUCUUAUGUAAAUAAAGGGAUUGCAGAAGAAUUAAGGUGCAUUUUUUCAGACAUUCUUUUCUUUUUUUCAGACAUUUCUUUUGUAUCCUGAGGCACAGGUUUGCUGGUGUCCUACGCAUAAACAGACACUAAAAAUGAGAAGGGUACGCAGCUAGAACAGACCACAUAUGCUGCUGAAAAAAAUGUUUCAAAUAUUACAUUGAGGGAAAAUGUCCACAGGAGGCUACCAGAACUCCCUAACAAUCAGAUAUAUGAUUAAAUUACAUUGUUGGGAACUAUUAUAAGAAAGAAAUAUUCCAGCCCAAAUUGUUUUCUUUUCUCUCCAGCUAGUUAUAACAUUUUCUGUGGCAUUAGAAUGCUAUGGCAGGACACUAGCUCUGCCCAGCAGUGCUCAGAGCCACAUAACACAGGGAAUAAUAGAGAAUAGAGCUGCCACUCAAGCACCCAGACUGGAGAAUAAGACAAAUAUACAGGACUUCAGGACUUUGAGAUUUAAAAACAACCUGCCUGAUAACUUAAUAUGAUAAUGAAGUGAAAAGUUAAUGCCUGUAGAAUUCUGUAUAAUGUUUAUAACCCUUACCUUGAAAAGCACAUGGCCUCAAAAAAGCCAUAUGCAUAUAAUUUUCAGAAAGAAAAACAACACAUCAAAAACUAUUAUGCAGAAAUAUGUGGGAUACAGGAUCCUGAAGCAAUGACAGGUGUGUAAGUGCUCUCAGAAUGCUGCUCUAAGCACAAUUAGUGAUAGGUUUGAGGAACCAUGAGCUGUGGAUGUUACCAAUUCCUUAGGACUGCUGUGUUACUCCCAGCUGAGUACACUGCUUUGCUUCUUUAUCACUAUUUCCACACUUUGUUAAAAUGUGAUCAUCAAGCUGGCUCUUGAGUUCUGUUCUGCACUCAGUUUGGAUGUGAUAAGAAACUCAACCCCAACUGCUGCUUUGCACCAUGUUCCAAAUGAGCAACAUUCCACAGAGACUGAUCCUCUAGAACAACUGCACUGCUCUAGACUGUCAGGAGAAAUACCAUAAAGCUGACAAAGAGUUUCUUCUAGCAGUAGGUUUGUAAAAACCAACUAAGAUUAGUAUUCAUCUGCCUGCAUUCAUUUUCUGGGAAAAAAAAAAGAAUUCCAGAAAUAAUAUGUUAUGAUUAAAUGCAGCAGUUUUUAAAAUAAAAUAUUGGAGUAUUUAAGAGACAUUAUAUUAUUUCCUCUAAUAUUGCAAUAUCCAUAUUAUAAUAAUGUACAUGUGAAUUUAGAAUUCAGCUAUGUGGUUGGUAAAUCUGUAACACUCAGUAUCCGUGUGAUUAUUUUAGAUGUAUAAAUAAAAUUGUGAAUGUUCA